AUGUAUCUAUUCGGAGUAUUUGAUGGUCAUGGUGGUCCUUGGUGUUCUGAUGUUGUUGGUCAACGUCUUUUCGAAUAUAUUGCAGUUUCUUUACGCCCACCAAAUGAUUUAGAAACAAUAAUGCAAAAAGCAAGAACAAUGUCCAGUCAUGAUCAUAGUAAUAUAUCAUCAUUACUUUUACAUUCAUAUUAUAAUCCAUAUAAAGAUAUGAGAAAUUCAAAAAUAAAAGAAAUUCAUCAAAUUAAUUUAUUAAAACAUAUUGAAGAAGUUUAUACAACAUUUGAUAGUGAUUAUACAGAUAUCAGUGGUGCUUUAGAAAGUGCGUUUAUUAAAUUAGAUCGAGACAUAUGUGCUGAAGCUAUACCAACUGAUACACAAACAAUCAAUGAAGAUUUAUUACAAAUUUGUACAGCUGGUUCAUGCGCAUGUGUUGCAUUAAUUAAAGAUACAGAUCUUUAUGUGGCUAAUUGUGGUGAUGCACGAGCUAUUCUUGGUACUAUGGAUGACAAUGGUAAUACAUCUGUAAUUCCUCUUUCCAGUAUUCAUAAUAUAAAUAAUAACAUUGAAACUAAACGAGUUUUAUCUGAACAUCCAUCAAAUGAAUAUCAUUCAGUUAUUCGUGAUGAUCGUUUACUUGGUUUAUUAAUGCCAUUUCGUGCAUUUGGUGAUAUACGUUUUAAAUGGCCAAAAAAUUAUCUUAAAGAAUAUUUACAACCAUAUCAUAAAAAAAGUAAUGCAAUACCACGAUUCUAUUUAACACCACCAUAUUUAACUGUUCGACCUGAAAUAAUAAAGCAUAAAUUAACAAAUAAAGAUAAAUUUCUCGUCUUAGCUACAGAUGGUGUUUGGGAUUCAUUAUCACCUGAAAAAGUUGUCGAACUUAUAUUUAAUCAUCAAAAAGGUAUACAAAGUUUUGACCGUUUUGUUAUAAAUAAAAAUGAACCUAAUAAAUCAUCAAUUAAAUUAAAGACAAUAAGUAAAUUAUUAUAUGAACGACAACAAGCAAUUAAAAAUCAACCAAUUGAUCAAAAUUCUGCAACUGAUUUAAUUCGUCAUGCACUUGCUUAUACAUCUAAAGGUCAAUUCGAUAGUAAACUUUUAUCAGAUGUAUUAACAUUUCCUCAUCCACGCUCAAUACGUGAUGAUAUAACAAUAACUAUUGUUUAUUUUGAUCAAGAUUAUAUUGAUCAAAUAGAAAAAAAAAUAAAAUAA